AACUUUUGUGGAAUAAGUAGGUCAUUUCUAUUGACUCAAAUUUUAUUCUAUUUGCUCACCUGCCAUCAAAGAGUUUUUCACUCAAGCUCAUUUAGUCUUUGAAAGAAUUCCUAAUGUCUUCAUGAAUGGGAAAUUGGGUAUAGUGGGCAGCAAUUGCUCAGAGCUCCUGUGGCAUUGAAGUGUUAAGUGAUUUAUAUCUCUCAUGUCACUGGUAGAGUACUGGCCAUCUUCUAUGUUGUUGUUGUUGUUUUUUCCCCAACAUGCAGACUAUUUGAAACUUUGAGAAAUAUCCAAAACUUUAAGACCAGCCUGAGGAUUUAGAUUUCUGUUGAUGAGUGUCAGUGUUUCCAGGGACGGACUCAACAGUCUCAGGUUGAUAAACGGUUGUUAAAUAGCUGAGAAGUAGGUGAUGGUUUCAUUGUCUGUGAGGAUGUUCAAGAGGUAAAUGGAAAUGGAUUUCAGAAGUAGCAAGCUUGAACUGCUUCCCUGCAGGUCCUGCAGGGCUGGCUGUGUCAACUGAAGGAUGAUUCUCAGGUGGGGGAUGAAGAGGCAAUGCGUGUCCUGCAGUAUUGUUUGUGAGAAAAACCUUUAGGUCUAGCAAUUUCCAUGCACCACAAACAGCAGUGUGAUCUAAGUAUUGUGAAGAGCAACAUCACCAGUUCUCCUGAGAGGUCUUAGAGAAGUCAUUGUCCUUCCAUUUAACUGAGACUGAAAGAAUUGUGACAGUGGGGUUUUCAUUUGAGAAUGUCUUCUGUCUCUGGAUAUUUAAACAUGUUCACGUUAGAUUGUGGUAUUGCUCUACUGCUGCUGAACUGUAUCUGAUACUUUAUCAUUGACACGGUUGUCAGUUUCUUUAUAUCUGUGUUCCUCUUACUCCUAAUAUGAUUGUUUCAUGACUAGGCUACCUAUCAUACUUUUCAGUUGCUGAAUUAUAAAAUUUUAUUUAAGGAAAUAAAAGACUGGAAAAUGUAGAUAUUUUAAAGAGACUGGAAAUGUGCAGGAAGGAAAAGAAAAGUUGGGACUGCAGGAUGAAGCGUGUUCAGCUCGGAGCUCCUCCUGUAGUUGUGUGCUUCUCUCAAGACGGGUCCGACAGCAGCCUGUCUCCAAAUGCUGAAGGGGCACUGCAGGGUCAAGGCCUUAUGCAAAAGAAAAAAAUCAACUCAGCUUUGACUUAUCCCAUUCCCAUCAGAUUUCUUUAGGGUCAGCCCAAUGAAAGGGAUUGUUUUUAUCUUAUUAGAAAACUCUCAACUUUAUUCUGGAGCAGGGGAUACCCUUCCAGGUCUGUGAAAAUGAUUUGCAAAUUGCUAUGGAAAAGGAUACCCCUCACAAUAUUGAUAUUUUAGUUACUGAUCCUCCCAAUAAAAUAUUUUUUACCUGGGCAUUUAUUCAAUGUAGUUGGAGACUUAAAAAACAUCCAUUAUGCUCCUAAGUGAUCGGUCCGUUCAGGUUAGCAGGUAACUUCUAGAUGGGGAUGUAGGAGGUACCUGUCUAGUUUCCGUCACCUCAUGGCAACUGUAAGCUUGCAAGUCACACUGUCAGUGUGUUCUGAUGCCUGCUUUGGCCACUUCAGUUAAUCUUCACUUACUACUACUUCUUGGUGGAAAACGUAUUCAUAAACCAUUACAGAUUUCAAUUGCCAUCUCAGUAAUUUGUGAGCUAACUGAGCUGACACCUUGGUUUGGAAUGCAGCUUGCGUGAAGUAGUGCAUAAGCCACACACUUCUGUCCCACACCCCAUUCUGUCUGAGGACUUGGCAGGCAUCUGAUUGAUCAUGGAGAACAAUGCAGGGUUAAAUGCCAGGUAGCAUUGUGGCCAGAGCAGGGUAGAGCAGGUUGGAGAAACGAAAAAGCGUGUUGCUAUUGAUUACAUGCAGAUGCAUUUUUCCAUGCCUCAGAUAUCAGAAGCACAUGAAGUGAGUGCCUGUUCUUGGAAAGCUUUUAACUGAGAUUUACAUGAGCAUCGUAGAUGAGAGGCAGAUGAGAAAACCUGUCUGCUUUGGAACAUUGUACCCUUCUUAGUGUUGGAAGCUGGGUCACAUGGAUUGUGCUCAUGGCACCUUCCCAGAGCAACAUCCCCAAGUGAUGCCUCAUUUUUAUUGUCUGGUCAUCCUGUGUCCAUUCUUUAGCCACCUAAGGCAUAUUUUGUAUUAUGCAGGUAUGUGUUAUGUGGCGUAAACACAACCCUUUUAUAGAUUAAUUUAAAAGGCAUAGCUGCUGGGUGCUGUUUACCUUGCAAAUUUGUUAUUCACCUGUAGUUUUAGUGAGAUUAACCAAUACCAUGGGACAUAAAAGGACGAAAGCCAAGCUCUCCAUCCUUCUCUUGUACUAACUCAGUGCGCUCAGUUUCUGAGUCAGGGGAUGGCAGUGAUCUUAAAAGAUGUUCAGUGAUUCACCAACAUGUUAAGUCGUAUUCUUCUUAAUCAAAACAUGUUGCUGAAUAAGAAAUUAAUGGAGAUAUUUCAGUCUUCCUUAGCUCUGUCCUCCCCGGCUUUGUACCUAGUGGUGGCACCCUCACUGAUAGAGCACAUAAAAUUUAAAUGCUGUGAAGACGAAGUAGAUCAAGGGGUGUUGCUAGAGCAAGGAGAGAGAAGAACAGAAACAAGGAAAACUCACUAAAGACUGGCGCUGUCUUCCUUAAAUGAAGAGUGUUUAUUUAGGUUUACAGCUGGAGAAUGCCUUCUAUUCCUCCCUGUGAAUCCAGGACCCUUUGCCCCUUCUGACUGCGCUCUGCCCUGCAGUCUGGAAGCCGCUUUGCCUUUUUUCCUCUGCUGUCAGCUCCCCUUCCCUUCACUUGCUAGUUGAGAGUUCCCCAUCUCCUCGGGAGAUCCUGUGGCGUAUGGUUCUGCUUGUCCAAUAGGGGGGUGUGCGUUUCUCCACAUCAGCAUCCCUUUCUCUUGGAGGCCGAGAGUGAAACCUCAGCACUGCUGCCAGCCUUUGCCAGCCCGAGGAGUCACAGCCUCCAAGUUGCUCCCAGCUCUUGCGCCUUCUCUGUGGCGUUGUAUUCUGCACGUUGGGCUGCCGGGAAGGACCAGACCAAGGCAAGAUUUAGAAGAAUUCUGGAUGUCUUCCAAGCGACCAGCCUCUCCGUAUGGGGAGACAGAUGGAGAGGUAGCCAUGGUGACAGGCAGACAGAAAGUGGAAGAGGAGGAGAGCGAGAGGCUCCCAGCCUUCCACCUUCCCUUACAUGUGAGUUUCCCCAACAAGCCUCACUCUGAGGAAUUUCAGCCAGUUUCUCUGCUGACGCAAGAGACUUGUGGCCCUAGGACCCCCCCUGCUCCGCACAAUACAAGGGAAGUCGAUGGCAAUAAAGUUAUGUCUUCAUUGGCCCCGUACAACUCAUCUACCUCACCUCAGAAGGCAGAAGAAGGUGGGCGACAGAGCGGCGAGUCCGUGUCAAGCACAGCCCUGGGGACUCCGGAGCGGCGCAAGGGCAGCUUAGCGGAUGUGGUGGACACCUUAAAGCAGAGGAAGAUGGAAGAACUAAUCAAGAAUGAGCCUGAAGAUACCCCCAGUAUUGAAAAGCUACUCUCAAAGGACUGGAAAGACAAGCUCCUGGCAAUGGGAUCAGGGAACUUUGGAGAAAUAAAAGGGACUCCAGAGAGCCUUGCUGAGAAGGAACGGCAGCUCAUGGGGAUGAUCAACCAGCUGACCAGUCUUCGAGAGCAACUCCUGGCUGCCCAUGAUGAGCAGAAGAAACUGGCUGCAUCUCAGAUAGAGAAACAGCGCCAGCAGAUGGAGCUGGCCAAGCAGCAGCAAGAGCAGAUCGCGAGGCAGCAGCAGCAGCUUCUGCAGCAACAACACAAAAUCAACUUGCUUCAACAACAGAUCCAGCAGGUUCAAGGUCAGCUGCCGCCAUUGAUGAUCCCCGUGUUCCCUCCUGACCAGCGGACCCUUGCUGCAGCUGCCCAACAAGGAUUCCUCCUUCCUCCUGGCUUCAGCUACAAGGCAGGGUGUAGUGACCCUUACCCUGUUCAGCUGAUCCCAACCACCAUGGCAGCUGCCGCUGCAGCGACACCAGGCUUAGGCCCGCUCCAGCUGCAGCAGUUCUAUGCUGCCCAGCUAGCCGCAAUGCAGGUUUCUCCAGGAGGGAAGCUCCUAGGCCUACCCCAAGGCAACCUUGGUGCUGCCGUGUCUCCUACCAGCAUUCACACAGACAAGAGCACAAACAGCCCACCACCCAAAAGCAAGGAUGAAGUGGCCCAGCCACUGAACCUAUCAGCUAAACCCAAGACCUCUGAUGGCAAAUCACCCACAUCACCCACCUCUCCCCACAUGCCAGCUCUGAGAAUAAACAGUGGGGCAGGCCCCCUCAAAGCCUCUGCCCCAGCAGCAUUAGCUAGUCCUUCAGCAAGAGUUAGCACAAUAGGUUAUUUAAAUGACCAUGAUGCUGUCACCAAGGCAAUCCAAGAAGCUCGCCAGAUGAAGGAGCAGCUCAGGCGGGAGCAGCAGGCGCUGGACGGGAAGGUGGCUGUGGUGAACAGCAUAGGUCUCAACAACUGCCGGACAGACAAGGAAAAAACAACACUGGAGAGUCUGACUCAGCAGCUGGCAGUUAAACCGAACGAAGAAGGGAAAUUUAGCCAUGGAAUGAUGGAUUUCAAUAUGAGUGGAGACUCCGACGGAAGCGCCGGAGUUUCAGAGUCAAGAAUUUACAGGGAAUCUCGGGGACGUGGCAGCAACGAGCCCCAUAUAAAGCGUCCGAUGAAUGCCUUCAUGGUGUGGGCAAAAGAUGAACGGAGGAAAAUCCUUCAGGCUUUUCCUGACAUGCACAAUUCCAACAUCAGCAAGAUAUUGGGAUCUCGCUGGAAAGCUAUGACCAACCUAGAGAAACAGCCAUAUUAUGAAGAGCAGGCCCGCCUCAGCAAACAGCACCUGGAGAAGUACCCAGAUUAUAAGUACAAGCCCAGGCCGAAGCGCACCUGCCUGGUGGAUGGCAAGAAGCUGCGCAUCGGGGAGUACAAGGCCAUCAUGCGGAACCGGAGGCAGGAAAUGCGACAGUACUUCAAUGUCGGGCAACAAGCACAGAUUCCCAUCGCAACUGCCGGAGUUGUGUACCCUGGAGCCAUCGCCAUGGCAGGAAUGCCAUCCCCUCACCUGCCCUCAGAGCACUCAAGUGUGUCCAGCAGCCCAGAGCCUGGGAUGCCCGUGAUUCAGAGCACUUACGGCGUGAAGGGAGAGGAGCCUCAUAUCAAAGAGGAAAUCCAGGCUGAGGACAUCAACGGAGAGAUUUACGACGAGUAUGAUGAGGAAGAAGAUGACCCAGAUGUAGAUUAUGGGAGUGACAGCGAAAACCAUAUUGCAGGACAAGCCAACUGA